AUGGCCGAGGCUCUGACCAUCAUAGAGGUCGCUCUCUGUGUCGCCGAGGUCGUUGAGCGUCUCUGUACCUUCGUUUCCACGGUCAAGGGCGCCAAGGAUGACAUUCGCAAACUCACCCAAGAGCUGCUUGCUCUCAAGGGCGCAAUGGACUAUUUUGAUCUUCAGAACAAGAAGAACAGGGAUGGUUCGCUGCACGACCAGGUCAACUCCAUGCUCAGUAUGACUCAGGAAACUCUUGAUGCCAUACGACAGAAACUGGGCACGCCCAAGGCUUCUUCCUUUGGCCGCGCUGCACAGAGCCUAGCUUGGCCCUUCCGGGCCUCCGACGUUGACAAGUACCUCCGGACCGUGGAGAGGGCCAAGACGUGGUUCAUCAUGGUCCUCAUGCGAGACUCGCUCGAUGUCACUUUUUCCGUCUUCAUCGAGAUGCAGAAGCUCACGGCCCUGAUUCACGAGGAAAUUAUCGCCCGAAAGACCGACCGCAUGCUCGGAGAGACUGCCGACCUGCUCAAGUGGCUGUCACCCGUCAACAGCGAGGACAAGCUGGUUAGCUCCAGGCAAGACCGUGCGCCGGGAACCGGCAAUUGGAUCCGCGACGCCAGUUACUUGGCGUGGCAGAAGGGUAGUCCGACGCAAUGGCCUAUUUACUGGAUAACCGGACGGUCCGCUAGCGGGCUCGGGCAAGACGGUGCUGUUACUAUGCAUAGUUCCCAUCUCGUUGACAAGCUUCGGAAGCGGCCCAACAACGAUCUCUCGACAAAGGCUGCCAGUAUUGGAGUAGGCUUCCACUGUUGUUCCCUAGAUGAUGCCGCCUCUCAGGCCGUCCCCAACGUCUUCGGCUCCAUUCUGGCUCAGAUAGGGGCGACAACACCCGAGCUUCUCGACCACGUUCGUCCGUUGCGACGAUCUGGUAAUACUCUGAUUCCUCAGAACAACCUGUCCAUUGAACAGAUUUAUGACGUUAUGGGCAAGGCCCUCGAGCAUUUUGACCUCUUUUAUCUCAUGAUUGACGCACUCAAUGAGACGGGCCAUGAGUCGGUAAUCGUCCGAGCUCUGCUAACCCUGUGCGGGAGACACUCCAACCUCCGCGUCUUGCUUACCUGUACACGGGAGCCGCUGAAAGAUGACUCGAGGAUAUAUGUGAGGCACAUGAACAAUAACGCUAUUGAUCUCGAUAUCGAGCUUUAUGUGGAAAAUAGACUUGUUGUCGAGCAUGGUUUCCAGUCUUUGAGUCCCAACAUCAGGGACGAGAUUAAGAUGAAGGUCGUCUCAGGUGCCGAUGGAACUUUCCGUUGGGCCAAGCUGUGCAUGGACAGACUCAGCACCCUUCGCACUGGCCGAGAUGUUCGACGGGUCCUGGCCGAUAUCCCCGCUACCCUGAAUGGGUUCUACGCUGGCAUCCUCGCCCGAAUUCCAGAGCAAGACCGGGGCAUCGCUCACGAGGCGCUCACAUGGCUUUGCUCCUCCCUCCGGCCCCUGCGUCUCAACGAGCUUGCCGAGGCAGUUGUCCUCGAAGAGGGUGAUGCCGAUAUCGAUGCAGAUAUUAGGCUAACCGACCCAUCCAUCAUACUCGAAAUCUGCCAAGGGUUGGCUCAUGCCAGUGACUACUUCGUCACCCUCGCCCACGACUCCAUCCGUACCUUUUUACAGUCAGACUGGAUCCGAACUUCCAGCGCCUCAGAGUUUGCGGUGGACGCUGUAGAGUCACAUCGCAAAAUCAUGCGCAAGUGUCUCGUCUACCUUCAACUUGAGCCCUUCGCUUCAGGCUCAGUUAACAAGAUUCGGGAAGUCGACGUUCGCUUCGCAGCGUACCCGCUGCUCGAUUACGCCACCUUCAUGUGGCCCAUCCACUCGGAGCGAUUUUCCCUAUCCGAUCGUGACGAGCACCUCAUCCUCGGCUUUUUCGAAACCAAAAAGCUCGACCACGGCGGUCCCUUUGAGGCGUGGGUGCAGUCCCUCUUACACUCGGCCGACAUCGACGUCAUCCGGGAGACGGAACCGGUCUAUUACGCCGCAUCCUUCAAUAUGACGUCCGUCUUGCAGCUGAUACUGAGACCCGAGUAUGAAGUCGAUGUUAACAAAAGAGGUGGCCGAUAUUCUUCCCCGCCACUGUUUGUGGCAAUCUGGAGGGGAAACGUUGAGGCAGCGAAGCUGCUACUCGAGGCUGGGGCCAACGCGGAUAUGUGGGAUACCAGCGGACAGACUAGCCGGCACCUGGCGAUUAGGAGAAAGAUGAAGGAUGUUGUAAAUCUAAUGGAGGAAAUCGACCUGCGGGCAUCAGCCAAGGCUGCGGGAGAGGAACCGACAUCUUCGAAAGAGCUGGUGGAAGAUUAUUCAGAAGCAAUGGCCACGGUAAGGAAGUUGAAUUACCAGGUCCCGUAG